GUAAACACACACACAUACACCACCUGAAUAAUUUUAGUUUACCCAUUAUAAAACUUUUUUUUGUUUGCAAUACUGUGUCUGCUUUAACCGAUGCAGAACAGUGUAAAAUGCGUAUGAUCCAAGGCAACAGCAGCCCGUGAUACAAUGCCGCCCGACAAGUCGUCGACCGUCGUGCAAUGUGCACGCGACCACACCACCGAACUGUCUAAAGUAUGCCGGUUGUGUCUGUCCGUCGUGGACUGGCCGAUCAGCGUGUUCGACGAGUUGGCCACCAAAAUUACACAGUGUCUUCAGAUCCACAUAUCCCGCACGGACUCGUUACCAAAACAAGUAUGCAGUAAGUGCAAGGACACGGUCAACGAGUUCCAUGCAUACUACAGCAACGCGCUGGAAUGCCAGAAACAGCUAGACCAGCUAGUGGACGUCCAACAAGCCAACAACAUGGCUUCUAGUAGUUUUGAACCGGUGGUCACCAUCAAUUAUGAUAACAUCGAAUAUAAAUCGGAAUACAAUAAUGAACCUGAACGAGAUUGGUCGGAUGGCAACCAAUCUGACGUCGAAACGAAACCCAUCAAUCUAGACCAGACUACCAGCUGUGAUAAAGAUAAACCUGUCAAGACUAAAACUUGCCGCAAACUGAAAAUCAAACUAUUUAAAUGUACCAAAUGUGAAGAAUCUUUCAACACCAAAAAUGCUCUCAAAGUACACAAAAACGACACACACCCGCACUCCGAGUACAAAUGCAAUUGUUGUGAUAAAACUUUUGACACAAUGUGCGCUCGUCAAAAACAUAAAAAAGAGGAACAUCCGAGUGUAACUUAUUCGUGCGACACUUGCGAUUAUCGGACGCCAUACAAGAGUCGUAUGCAGUACCACGAAAACAGACACAAAAAAGUCUACAGUGUGUUCUGCGACACUUGUCAAGCAGGCUUUUUCAACAAAGACGAAUUGGCCACGCACGAAAUCAAAAACCAUGGGGCCGAACCAUACCAGUGCGACAGGUGCAGCAAGCUGUGUACAUCGAAAACUAACUUGUACAGUCAUAUGAAAGUGCAUACAACUUCUGCCGAAUCCGUCAGUUACCAAUGUGAAACCUGCGGCAAAGCGUUCAGGCGUAUAGGAAGCUACAGGCGACACAUCCAGUCGCAUUUGGGACUGAAAUAUGAGUGUUCUUAUUGCAAAAAAUUGUUGAGCUCGGCACAUCACUUGAAGUUGCACGUGCGCAUCCACACCGGCGAGAAGAAUCAUGUGUGUGAAAUGUGUGGAAAAGCAUUCACGGUCAGCAAAUACCUAGUCGAGCACAAAAGAAUACACACUGGUGAGCGGCCCUUUAAAUGUGAUCUCUGUUCCAAGGGUUUUACGCAGAAAACAUCUUUGCGUAUUCACACCAGAUGGCAUACAGGCGAUCGUCCGUAUAAAUGUGACGUGUGCGAUGACCGUUUUGUGAUCAACACAUUCUUGCAGAGACACAUUAAAAAACACCAUCCAAAUUUAGUUGAACCUAUUCAAAAUUCUACUGCUGUUCAACAAAUAUAACAUAGUCAUCUUAUAUUAUUUCAACGACAGAUUAAAAUGAGAAUAGUUCUCUUUUAAGUUAUAAUAAUGUUCUUUUUACUAAGUUGGUACUUGUAUAUAUUUUCUUUUGUAGUUGGUUUCAUAAUUUGAAUGUA